UCUAGCUGAGCACACUUGGAAUAAGACUAAGGAUGUUCAUUUCAUAUGGCAUAGACAAUCACAUGUACAAUUUAUAAAUCUCUGAAAACAAGCUAACUACUCUUUUAUUUACAUAGGAUGUGACUGUGGAUUGCUGUCAAAAUGAGUGAAACACCUUCAACCAGUUAUUCAGUGAAUCAGCCAAACUCCUCCGAGAGUGAACAGAGUUUAUCCACGCGGCAUUUCAAUGUUACUGAACCUGUUGUGGCAAAACGGAUCUGUUUCUAUAAAAGUGGAGAUCCUCAGUUUAAUGGGAUCAAAAUGGUCAUUAAUAACCGGUCUUACAAAACAUUUGAUGCCCUGCUGGAUAGUUUAUCCAAACGGGUCCCGUUACCUUUUGGAGUAAGGAAUAUUAGUACACCAAAAGGGAGACACAGCAUUACCAAUUUGGAGGAUCUUGAAGAUGGAAAAUCUUAUAUUUGCUCCCAUCAGAGGAAAAUGAAGCCCAUCAACCUGGAACAGGCUAGCAAAAAGCCGCUGCCCUGGCAGAUCAGUAGGCCUGUCAGUGCUCGUCGUCGAGCUGUGCAAUUAGCAAGGGAGAAUGAAGAUGGAUUUGGCCAUCGAGAAAGCAAAAUAACAACUCCCCAAAAAAUGCUUGUUUUCAAAAAUGGGGAUGUAAGACUCAGACGCACCAUAGUUCUGGGAAAGAAAAAUACACAAACUUUUGAGGCCUUUCUGGAUUAUAUGAGUGAGUUAAUGCAAUAUCCAGUCGUGAAACUAUAUACCACUGAUGGCAGAAAGGUUCCUAAUCUUCAGGCCCUGAUAUUGUGCUCUGGAGCUGUAGUCGCAGCGGGGAGAGAGCCUUUUAAACCAAGCAAUUAUGAUUCUCUUGGGUAUUCACGCCCUGCUAAAUUGCUUGGAAUUGCAAAUCGUGUGUACCCAAAAGCAAAUGCCAAGUCAGAAAGUGAAAAUAUAACUGCUGAAAUGAGCUCUAGCCUAAGAUCUCAGAUAUUCUCAGUUUCUUCUGAUAAAGGGUCCAGCAAUGAUAACAACUCAAAUGAUAACAAUUCACAUUCUUCCUAUGUUCCUGACAGCCAUAAUGGUAUAGGAGGAAAUCAGUCCGUUUCUGGUGAAGACUUAUCUGUGGCACAGUACGAAGACGACAUUGAGAAAUCUGUUCACCUUAAUCAAGAUGGCAGUAUCACAGUGGAAAUGAAAGUUCGAUUCAAAAUUAAAGAGGAAGAAACCAUUAAAUGGACAACCACUGUAAGUCGUGCUGGCCUUUCUGAUGACAAAAAUACCACCAUUUGCAAUUCUGCAAUGUGUGCAGAAGACUGCUUAUCCAAUGUAAAUGUAUCAGAACAUAUAAAACCAAAAGAUGCUCCAUUUUUGAAGAGCUACAAUCAAGAAGAGGGAGACUCAUUACAGCGAUUCAAUGCCCAAGUGUCAGACAAGGAAUCAGAGUCUGAUUUAAAAGUUGCUGGUUGUCAUAUCUGUGAGAAGGACAAUACUGCAGAUCUAGAUGUAAGCAAUGUACCUGAGGAUAAUAUCAGGCCUCGCUUUUAUAGGCCUCCCACCCCUGGGCCAAGGCGUGUUAGACAAAAAAAAGCCGUAGUUGAAAGUGUCACCUUGGUAUCUGAGAAAGACGUUCAGGAGAAGACAAUAGGACAGUUUUCCUACAGUGAGGAAAUACAGAACCGAGAAAAUAAAUCUGAGUAUUGCAUGGUAGCUCAUUCAAGCAGAAAAAAAUCAAGUGUCAGUAAUCCAAAGUUUAGCAAGAUGAGUGGCAAUGAUAUAUUAAAGCUUUCUUCAGAGAAUAUAAAAAAAGAAAUGCUUUUUAAAGUAAGCCACAAAAGUAAUGAUUUAAUAGAAACCACAAAUAGGAAGACAUUAGAACUGCCUGAUGAGGAUGAAUUGGUGCAGAAUAUAUUGGAGAAAUCAGUCGUGGAAAAAGGUACAUAUAAUAGUUUAGUAUCAACCUGCAAAGCUAACAUCAGUGGUUUCAUACCAUCAUCAAAAAUUUACCAGGCAGCUAGACCAGGUUCAGCAGACCACAUCCAUGAGUCAUGUGAUAUUAAACAAAUAAAAAGAUCACUGAGUUCUUUCAUUACAUAUUCAGAAUUAUGUCAGUCAAAAGAAGAAACAAAACACAAAGCUGCUGAUUUAUUACCUAUUUCUCAAGAUCCAGCACAUUCAGCCUGUCCUGGACAUAGCCAGAUGAAGAUGAUGGUACCUCCAUGUAGUAAAGCUCCUACUGAGAAAAUAAACCCAACAACUGGAUUCUUUCCUACUGUUACUGAAAGUGAGAAUCAAAUCAGUGUCAGGAUUGAAUCUGUGGUGGCAACACAUGUCAUUGAUGACAGUCAAUCUGCAUCUUCCCUCACCAAAAAGAAGAAGAAAAGAAAAUCAUCUAACUUUCUAGAGCAAGGUACAUAUGAAAAUCAAAAAGAUAAAGAAAUUUCAGGGGUAAUUAAAAAUGAGGGAAUGCAUAUCACAGACAAAACCACACAGGAUUCCACAACAGAGGCUAUGGAUAAUUAUUCUGAAAUACCUCAGAAAAAAGGAAUGGAUUUUUUUGUAAAAAAAAAUGAUGGGUCUGUCAAUUCAGACAAAAGCAUAUGUCCUGAAGAUGAGUUCUGUCACCAGGAUUCAGUGGAGAAGAAUGGAUUAUCAUCUAAUACAACCCCAAAAAGUAAUAACAACAAGUUGGCCAAGGUAAAAUUGAAGUCAGGCAAAAAAAAAAGUAUCAUUUCAUCUGCAAGGAGUGAAGAUGGUUUAAUGACAGUUGAUUCAAACAAUGAAUCAGAACACAGUCAGAAUACACUGAGUACUGAGAAAGAAGGCACACAUCUCACAACCAAUUCUUUCGAACAGACAUCUAACAACUCGGCAGUCAUUUCAUUGUCAGAAGUGCCAAGGAAUCUUAACUUUGAAAAAGAAAAGGAAAAGAAUAUUUUGGAAAAUUUGUCAUCAAAGAAAGAGAAAAAGCAAAAGGGGAUGAAGAAAAAUCUAAGUAAAGGUGCAAAUAAGUUAAGUAUGUCAGAGAGAGCCAUUACACUAGAGGCUCUAAAACAGGAGGAUUUUCAAGUUGUUAAGCAUUCGCUUGAAAACUAUGUCCAAACUUGGCUGAAAAACUUGUUACCAAAUUCUGUCUUACCCCCUAUAAAUAAAAAAGAAGGAAAUGCAGAGAAUAGCAAUGUCUGUUAUUUUCCUAAAGAAAAUACUGAUGCUUAUAUAGAUAAAGAAACCAGAUUUAUCACAAAUAAAGUACAUGUGACUGGAAAAAACCAUCCGGUUGAACAUAAUCUGACAAAAAAACCAGUAAAGCCUAUUUGUGAAUUGGGAACUUUAGAAGAAUCAGCCAAGGAUUCAGGUGAAAUACAAACUGACUCUUUCAUUCAUGCUAAUACAACUAUAGUAGAAGAGGCCAAGUGUUCACUAAAGUCAGAAUUUCAUCAUGAUGGUAAACUACACUUGUUUCAUGAAACACAUGACAAUGAUAAAAAAAUGCCAGAAGUUGAUAUUCAAGAUACCAACCUAUGUCAAAGAAAAAAAUCUGAAGUUGCUGUUCAAGUUGAUUGCACAAUUAUCAAUGAGAAAAUGGGAAUUGAUAUUCAGAAUAAUUGCAUGUCUAGCAUGUUGCUGCAUGAACUGCAAUCAACUUUGCUUGGUCUCCAGAAAGAACAUAGUGGAUGUAUAGGAAAAGCUUGCAGCCUUUCAGAUCUUUCUCCUUCAGCUUUUGGUUCUUCCAAUGUCCUCCUAGCUUGGCUACUUGUACUGAAUCUGAGAGAGAGUUUGAUUGGGACAAACAAAGCUGAUAUGCAAAAAACUACAUGUAGCUGUUCUGAAAUAUUCACACAGUUACAAUUUCUGAAACAAACUACAGUCAUGGAAAAAGUUGAUGAACUGAAGGCUGCCUUCUCACAUUUUCACCAAUCAACAGAAAACAAUUUAUUACACUUUGGGGGGGAACUCAAAAAGCAGGACUCCACACACUGCCAUGAGAAUAUGCCCAUAUCUGAAAUUCAUAAUGGUAUACAUUUGCAUGAAAAUGAAAAAUCUGUUGAGCCUUGUAUUCCAAGGGACAGUGUAAAUUCUGAAGAAGCUCUAAAAUUGACUGGUGAAUUAGAAAGCUGUUUUGAUAUACAGAAAGAUCUUUGUAGAGAAACAGAGAUUUUAGUCUUGAGUGCUCCCAAAACACAGCUAGAUGGUCAAUAUGCUGAUACUAAUUCAAAUACCUGUAGCCUUGCAUCAGCUACAGAGCUACCUGAAAGAAAUGAAGAAAUGCCUGAUAGCCUAUAUAAAAAAUCUCAAGAUGAAAACACUGAUACAUCAUUCAAUAAUGAAGAGUCAGAAACUUCAGUAGAACCUAACUCGACAGUUCAUAGUGUAACUUCUAAUGAUAAAUAUCGUAUUUUAGAUCAGGAUACUUCUGAGUUAGAAGGUGAAAAAGAUAUUAUACAUGUUACUACUGACAAAAGUGAAGAUAAGAAAGUUGAUCCAAAGUCAGCAGAUAAUGACAAAAAAUCAAAUAACCAACUUAAACUAGCUGCUGAAACCUCUGUAGAAUAUAAUAAUGAGGCUUAUUCUGUACAGGAAGACAAGGAAGAUGUAGAAAAUUGUGAGGAAACCUCUGAGAGGUUAUCUACAGUCUCUCCGUUAUCAUUUUGUUAUGAAUCAAAGCAAAUUACAGAAUGUGAUAUGAGCGAAGGAGAACAGAAAUUGCAAGUAGAAGAACAGGAGAAUAAAAUGUGUUCAGACACUUCUCAAUUAAAAAAAUGCUUACGAAGUCCUGCUACUUCAGACUGGUCAGAUUACAGACCAGAUACUGAAGAGAGUGAUUAUAACUUUAGAGCAUCCAGUGAUUUGACCAAUGAAAGUGGGGAGGAAGCAGUGCUUGAAAAACAUUAUAACACUGGCUAUGUAAAAAGAACUAUUGAACGACUUUAUGGCAAGACGGAAGCUUCAUUUAAGCCUGACUUUCACAGAGGAUUUCCAUAUAUGUCAAAAGUAUUUCAAAAAGAUACUGAAGAAUUCCACUCUGCAGUGGUGGAAAAAAACAUUUAUUUUUCUCAAGAACCUAGGUCUUGCUCUGUAGAGAAAUUGUCACAUUCUUCACUACCCUCACAAGAAUUUCCAGUAAAUAUAAACAAAGACGACACCAUAGUGAGAAGAGAGAAUACUUCUUUACCAACACCACAACCUACUCUUAACAAAGAGACAAGUUAUACUGAUGACCGUUCGGGGGAAUCUCCAAAGCAGCAUUGUCAACCUAGUGUACGAGCUAAUGAGGAUGAAGGAAUAUUGAUAGAUAAAGGCAAAUGGCUUCUCAAAGAAAAUCAUUUGAUAAGAAGAUCACCACCUGAAUGGACUGGAAUGUAUGGUAAUCUGGAUACAACAUCAACAGACACAGUCCUUGAUGCUAACAGUGAUGAUGUUCCGUACUCACACUUUGGCAAUCUGAAUCAGUACCCAGACCUCAAUGAAAUCUCUUCUUCAGAACUUGAAGACAUGGCUAAACCCUCUGAAAAUUUUUGCAACUACUUCAAUAUACCUCAUAAUAGUGAUUCAGACCCCUUUCAGGAUGACUUAAGUACAAAAAGCAAACCUAGCCACAAUGGUAAGAUCACUUCCCUUCCUGCAGCAAACAAAGAAAAGAUCAAACCAUCAGUCAUGGUAGGUUCUACUUCCACACAUCUUUCCACACAGGCUGAUACCAAUUUUGCAGCCUUCACAUCUGUGGAAUUUAGAUUGCCUGAUAACAAGGUGCAUCCAUUGGAACAGCCUUUAAAUGAUGAACCCAUACAGUUUCAGCCAACGGAUGUUACUAAUGCUAACAGAAGUGCUCUUCAGGAAGAAGAUUCUCUGGAUAAACUCCAUGCUAUAUGUGGCCAACAUUGUCCAAUACUGACGGUGACAGUCACACCAAUUAAUGAGGAACAGAGAGGAUGUGCCUACCAAAAGGCAUCUGAUAUUGAGAACCAGCUGGGUUCAUGUUUGUUGGCCAAAAAGAGUGAACAUUUACAAUGGCUAUGUGAAGAUAUAGUAAAAGACAAAAAUAAUCAUGUGACUCUGAAGAAUAACUGUAUCAAUAAGAUUGCCAAUAAUAUUUUUAAUAGGUUUUAUGUUAAUAACACCUUAGAUUUUAUUAGUAACUUUGGAAUACUUGCAUCUUCAGCACUGAAAGACACAAGCAGUUUAGGGAAGUUACAUGUUAUAGAGGAUAUGAAUGUAAAACCUGUGGAAGUCAGCAAUUGUCAAAAUAAUGUAUCCAAACACAUACCCAGUGAUCUUGUGAUAGGCACAAAUAGUGAGCUACCCAACAGAAAGCCAAAAAUAUGCCAAACCCUAAGAAUAAGCCUAAUUCAUAUUGUUGGAAAAAAAUUUUCUCCCAUGUUGGCAGAUCCAGCAGAAACCUGUCAUUCUGAAACAUUUCUGAAGUGUGACACUUCUUUAAAUAACAUUGAACACAAUGCCUCUGAAAAUCUGAAAAAUGAAAAUGCCUUUCCUACAGAAGAAGACAAAGAAGAAGAAGAAGAAGGAGGAGGAGGAGAAGAAGAAGUUUGCUUUUGUACAAUGGACAAUGGAAGCAGUAAAGAUGAGAAAGACUUGUAAUAGACAUCUUGGAAUUUCUGUAACAUUAGACUAGUGAAAACGUCUUCAGAAAAAAAAAAUCACAAAAUAAAUUGCUGAAUGCCACACCCAGUGAAACUCCCAAUGUGAAUACAGCUCAGAGCUAGAUAAAUAUAAAUCACAGUUGUAUAUCAUUGCUGAGAUACAGAUAAUUACUUAGAUUUUUAUAGGGACCAACAUAGGAAGAAAAGCUGUUCUAAGACAGUGAUUUCUUGGUUAAAAACCAGUUUUUCCCUGAAAUGUUGUCUGCUCAGAGAUAUUCCAUUGUAUAUUGACCAUCUUAUUUGUAGAGAAACAACUAGUGCUUAUUAGAACAGAGAACUGAAAUUUGAAAUACCCUCCUGAGUUCCAAUAUAAGAUUCUUAUAUUUCAUGACAUUUGAGAAAGGGGUUUGAGAAUUAUCUUUCAGUAGAAAUGCUUUUUCCAGAACAAAAUCAACUAAUAUGUUUCAUUUGAAAUGAAAAGUAGGAAGUACUGCUCAAACGCUGUAAUACAAUGAAAAGUCGGAAACCGAAGUCAUGUUAAUUUUAUGUAGAUUAACAUUAUCAAAUUGCUCUUCUGGUUUUUAAAGGCCAACUUCAGAAUACUUAUGUGAGUAAAGAGAUCUUUCAGCCUGUAUAUGGGAUCCCAAAUGAAGUUUGCCUCUUUUACCCAGAGGAUACUAGAAAAGGAGCGUAUUUAUUGCUACUGGGGUUCCACAGGAACUGAGAAGGGAAACUGUGUGUCAAUGGACUUCCUGACUGCCCUUGCCAUAGUCCUUUCUGAGGCAGCAGCGCUUACUCUUAAAAUUGUUCUACAUACACCACAAGUUUUAGUUGUGUGUUCUUCUGUAAUGUCUGUACUUUAAAAGUGGUCCAUGUUCUUUUUGUUUGGUAUUUUUUUGUAAAUAUGUUGUAUUAUGAGAAACCAAGGCAUAUGUAAUAUGUUUCAGGAUUUUUCAAUCUGUUAUUAGAAUUAUUUUGGAUACCUGUUUACAGCAUUUUUUAAUAUUAUGUGUGCAUAGUAAGCAUUUACAAGGUUUACAAUUUUCAGCAAAUGAUUUUAAAUAUAAAAUUGGAAAACAUUUAAUGUAUGUUGUGAUUAGGCAGAGUAUUUCAGUUUUUUGGUUAGAUUUUAAACUCUAGAGAAUGAGAAUUUGGCCAUUCUGUAGUCUUGGAGGCUGUGUCUGGACUAACUGGAAUGUACAUGCUGCGAUAAGCCCUGGAUCAUGAUCUUUUGGUUAUCAUUGGGACCAAAUUAAAGGCUGACACAAAUCCCUUUUGGCCCAGAGGCUUUGAUUGUCUCCCUGUGGGACAGAAGGCACAUGGAGGGGAAGUAGAAGUUGGAUCUGGAGCAAAAGGGGUUUGCAGUACAGGUAGGAAACCUAGAAGUGCUCUUCAAUUCUUUUUAGGAGUCUGGUGGCAGAUAUGUUUCUCCAUAAAUAACUGAUGCUUUUCUGUUGUUUGAAGCAGUGUAUUCUAUUAACAUUAAUUAACAUUACCGCCCUAAAGCAACAUAUAUAAUCUAAUAUAUUUUACACCAAAUAGCUGUGUGUUAUUUCCUAUGCUGGCCUUGUUUCUGAUGUUCUUCCCUCCAACUCCACAUUUUUUGGUGUCCUCCUUUGCAUGUUUUAGAACUGCUCCAAGUGAAGAGUCUCAGUGGUAUUUUUUCAUCAUUUUACAUGUCAAUGUAAACAUGUAACAGAAAUAAAACCUAUGUUUGGAAAAUGAAGCUCGAAAUUACUAGAAUCCAACUAAAUGCCAUGUUCUGCGUACCAGGCUUCUAUGCUGCAAAUAAUGUCUAAAUGUUAAAUAGGCAAAUUAACAGCUAUAUAUAUGUCUCCAUCACUUGCAGUCUUUCUGCUGCAUUCACAGCACUUUAACUUUUUCAGAUCAAGCUUCAAGAACCUUUAAUCAGAUGUUUAUUAUAGGGUUACUGAGCAAACUAAGCACUAAAAAGGUGAGAUGUGAGGUAGUACCUGAGGUUACAAUUAGCAGAGAACACAGCAAGUGCUGAAAUUAUUGUUAUAUUAACUGAAAGACUUGCUUCUGAUUUUAGUAUGUUAACUGAAAGAGAAGGAAGAACUCCUCAGAGCAGGAGAAAAGCUUGACAGUGAGAGGUACCAUACUGUCAUGGGGUUUAUAUAUUCAUUAAUGGUUCAGGAAAGAUACAGAAUAUUAAGUGGCUGAGAUAGGCAGAUAAAAUAAAAUUGCUUCCAUUAGGUAAGAUUGGAGAAGGCUGAAGAGAGAACCUCACAAUGCUGGUGACUAGAACAACAUACUGAUUGACAGAGGGAAAACCACCAUGAGUAGUAUGAGCUACUUUAUAUAGGUAGCUUAAUUCUGCAAAUUAACUGCAAAAGAUGUAGAGUCCUUCUGAAUUAGUCAGGAUAAAAUAUACUUGGAAGUGUCAAGCAUAUUAAAUAAUGUGUAAAGAGCAGGACAGAAAACAAUUCAGCAGGCAUUCAAGGGCUUUUACAUAGAUUAUGCCAUUCUUCUAGAAGGAAUUCAGUUUUUGUCUUGCCAUUAUCAAAAAAGAAACAGUCAAUAAAACAUAUAGAUCACAGUCCCAGGAAGUUUCAGUUUAUCUAGUUUAGCUCCCUGCUAGAAAGAAACCACACAAUUAAGUAAUUCCAUUUAAUUACUAAAUCUCAUUUUAAAACUUGUUAUCUAUAGUCAUUACAGCUUCCACUGGAGGGAUGUUCUAGAGCUUGAGUCCUUCUUCUGAUGUCUGUCUUAACUGUUUUCUAAUUUCUGUCCUAAGCCUAAUCAUGGUUAGUUCAUAUACAUGUGUCCCAAAGCCAUCAUUGUCAUUGACUUAGAUAUGUCUUUUUCCUCCUUGGUAUCUAUCAAUAAAAUCAGACAUUGUCUCAAUUUUUUCUCCUACAUAAACAUUUUCUCCAUUUCCUCUAAUCGUCAUGGUUGUCUUUCUCGGGACCUUUUCUAGUUUCAAUAAAUAUUUUUUUUAAUAUGGUUACCAGAACUUUAUGCAGUAUUUGGAAGGUUGUCUCUCUGAACUCUGGGACACUGACAGUAAAAUAUCUCUACACAGAGAUCUCUCUCCUGGUGCAACUUACAGUCACAUCAAUGACUCACUCCUCUAUUUUUUUUAAGUGAUAAAUUACCUGUUCAUAGCACUAAGUUUUGGUAGUAUUUUUAAAAUGCAUUUCCUUGAACUUUAUGCUGUUACAUAUUAUCCCUUUUCUACUACUCUGGAUUUUCUGAUCCUCUUAUACUUUGACAAUUCUUAGAGAUUGUUGCAGAAAUUACCUACUUUAUACAGUAUAUUGAUGAAAAUAUGAAAUCCAGAUGAAUUCCAACACUGAUUCCUGAGAAACUUACUAGUAACCCUAUAAAUUAAUACUUCUAAUUUCUGCACAAACUUAUAAUUUCCCAUUUAGCUAGUUAUUUUCUUACUCUACAGUCUUGCACUAAUCCAUUUCUCCAUUUUAGCUACUAAUUUCUGAUAUAAUGCUGGGAUAGAUUAGAGCUACUGUAGUUUCCUUGUCUACUAAGAUGAAUUCUCAUCAUCAUGGAGGAGAUCAGGUACUUGAACAAUGCAAGUCUGGAUACCUUGUGCCAUGUAUCUGCAUUAAACUGAUGCUGGUAAUCUUUUUUUCUGUUUAGCUGUAUAUAUCUGGAGAUAACUGUCUAUUCAUUUAAAAUUUGUUCAAAAACAAUACCUGGUAUUGCUUUGGUGUGAGAUACAUGGGUUUUAGUCUCUCAGUGCACUCGUCAUCCCAUUCUGAUCUGCCAUUUUAAGUUUCCAAUUCCAUAGCCCAUUCUUGUCAACAGUGCUGACACUUCCC